AUUUCCCACUUGUUUUUUACGGCGCGCCAGUUCAAAAAUUCGGAAAGAAAGUUUCCUGCGGAUUUCCACUCCCAGUAGAGUAGUAGAUAGGAUUUAGAACAUGAAAGAGCCAUCCGAUCUGACUCCACUCGUUGUGAUUACUUAAGCAUUCGCUUUCAGGCUGAUGAAAGAUAAUGGAAGGGUUUGCUCUAUAAAAAGAUUCAUUCGUUCAACUGUCCGCAGUUGUCACUAUUGGAAUCAGUAGUCAGAAUGAGAGCGCUGGUAGUGCUCCUUUGUAUGUCGAUAGUGACUUCCGAGGGAAAAGAUCCGAAAGUUAUCAUCGUAGGGGCUGGAUCUUCCGGGAUUGCAGCCGCUUCCAAAUUACUUCAGAAUGGAAUAACAGACGUCACUAUUUUGGAGGCGGAGGGGAGAUUCGGGGGUCGAGUGUACAGCGCGAAAUUUGGAGAAUAUUUAAUUGAUUUGGGCGGUCAAUGGGUGCACGGAGAGAAAGAUAAUGCAGCUUAUGAUCUUGCGGCACCCUUCGGACUCUUAUCGAAAGCCGUUGGCCCAGGGCGAACGGAGGAAGAGCCUUUCAUCCAUCGGUAUUAUACAUCCGCGGGUGAAGCAGUAAUGAAACAACUUGGAGGUGACUUUUUUACUUUUGCAAUUGCCUGUUCUGAUGAUCCAACGGGGGCUGAGAAAGUAAAGAAUGGAUCUUUCGGGGAAUAUGUAGACAACAAGAUUAAUGAAUAUUAUGGUAACCAUACAGAGGAAAUUACUCCCGAUUUGCGGCAAGGUUUAACGCAUGCCGCUAAAUUAGCAAUAAUGGCAUCAGAGGGGGCAGCGGAUUUGAACGAUCUCUCGUUGAAAAGAACGCAAGAGUACGUUGGUGCGAGAGGGUAUCAAGCUGUCAACUGGAAGGAUCGAACGUAUAACACUGUUUUGGAAAUCCUGAUGAAAAAAAUUCCGAAUGCAGAGGAGGAAUUGCCCAUCGCGAAUAAGACCCUGUUGAAUAAACAAGUAACUAAAAUAAAAUAUAAUGGUGAUGGACCGAUAAAAAUAACAACUUCCGAUGGGAGUGAAUUCACAGCUGAUCAUGUGAUUAGUACAAUUUCUCUCGGAGUUCUGAAGGCUGAUCAUGAAAAAAUUUUCGAGCCAGCUUUACCGGAGAAAAACAGGAAUUCAAUUCAGGGUUUGGGUUUCGGAAGGAACGCCAAAAUAUUCUUGUACUACGACGAACCCUGGUGGGAUACUACUGAGUAUGCGAUCAGUCUACUCAUAUGGACAGAAGCGGACAGGAAGGAAAUUGAAAAUGAUCCCGAAAAAAUCUGGAUGCUGGGUGUCGGCUACUCCCUCCCCGUCGAGUACAAGCCAAAGGUCUUAUUACUCUGGAUGAGUGGCCUCUACUGCGAGCAGAUGGAGAAAAUUCCUGACGAACUCUUCGAAAAUCAGACGCUCGAACUCAUCGAAAGAUUCUUCGGCAAAUCCCACAAUCUCACGCAGCCCAAGGACAUCAUCAGGACCCGCUGGAACACCAAUGAGAACUUCAGGGGCACUUACAGUUACCCUUCCCUCGCUUCUGUAGCCAAUAACGCAAGUCCUGAGGAAUUGGGGACCCCUGUGACACGGAAUGACAGGCCUGUGAUCCAAUUUGCUGGGGAAGCUACUGAGCCAGAUUAUUAUAGUACUGUGCAUGGAGCUAUAUCAUCGGGGUGGCGUGAAGCCGAUCGCUUGAUCAAUUUUUAUAAACAACAAGAUUGAUGGGAACGAAUUCUCAACGAACCAAAUUAUUUUUUAUAAAAAUAAAUCAGCACUGAAAAUCCAUUAAAAAAAUUUUAUUCUCUUCGUGUAAUCCUAUCUCAGAGGGUCAUGAAUGAAUCGUAGAUCCCAAAUAAUAGAAAAUAGCCCGACCAAAUAUAAUUUAGCCCGAACAGAUUUAAUUAUCGAAUAUUAAUUGAUAAAAUAAUAAUUCUGAUGGAAUUUAAUAAUACUUUGGCCCGAACAAAAAUAGUAAGUAAGUAUAAAUAAUAAUAAUUUAAUGCCAAAAGGCAUCUACUGUGGAAAAUCCACCUUGUACGUGAUUUAAGUCAACAAGACCGUUGAAACUGGAUUAUUUUGGGAAACUAAUUUGAAAGUUUAGUGAAAUAAUUAGUUUAAUCUGGUUUAAACGUCACAAGUCAUCCAUAAAAAGUUUUCGAGAUAUUCCUGUUUUUCAAUUGAAAUGCUUGUACACACUCUAACUUGUGCAAA